AUGCGAGGAACGGAGGGCACUGCCGCCUGCCGUUUCCUCUUAGGUCGGAGGGCGCUUUACAUUGCGGCCUGGCUUUUUGGGUUUCUUACGUUACCGACGCCAUGCCAUGCGCAGCCCUUCGGCGGCCAAUAUCUUUCAGCUGCUGUUCUCGCGCCCUUUUUGCACUGCAGCAACGCCGCCAGAACCUCGGCAUCCCCCGCGCUCCUCCAGCCACAGGACUUGCCGGUCGAAGAACUUGUUACCUAUGUCGGGGACAAUGUUGUGCCGUCAGCCCGCAGCUCUCCAUCUGAAGCGGCUUCUGAUACCGCGUGGCUACUUGCUGACGUCUCCGAGCUCACGUCCCAGGAGGACAGUGCUAUCGGUCGGUGGCUCGGCGUGCAAGUCUUCACCCCGCACUAUCGCCCGGUAGCUGCGGCUAUCCGCUGCCUUCCCUUCCACGUUGUUCAGCAUGUGAUGGAUGUGAUCGUUGACCUCGCACCAGGCGGGCCUGCGGAUGUCGGCAUGCUUUGUGUACCAAUCAGGCCGCAAUGCAGCGCUAAGUUCGGCAGCUUUUUGCGUUUCCCUGCGUCGGCGCACCACCAUCCACAGGGGCGGCGCUCUGCAGUGCUUGUCGACCUCCGCUUGGUUGGCGGCAAUCGUUUCGCCUGCUUGCUCCCUGCCCGCUUCCCUACGAACGAGUUGAUGGCUUUUGUGGAGGCUUUGAUCCCUUUCUCCGAGCAAAGACUGCAUGUGUAUGUUGGGGAUUCCCUGACUCCUUCUAUGCAGGCUGUUUUGCAAUUGCGUGAUGGCGACUUGUUGGUUUUCACAAGUGUUAAUGCUGGGCUUCUCGUCCAUUACAAGCAAGAGCGCUUCUUCCUGCCAGCGCAUCAUCGCAGCGGACAGGAUGCCAUCUCUGCUGUGCGUACGGCCUACGACCUUCGAGACUCUGAGUGUGUCUCUUGUGCUUUUCGCACAGAUGACCUCGAAUUCCGAGGCAAUGCUUGCUCUCAUGUGGUGGGAGUCUUUCCCCUUCCCAAGGGCCCUUUGGACGCAGCGCCUAAUGAAAGAAGACGCGACUACGCGGUCCUGUGUGACUUUCGGCCAGUCGGCUAUAGCCCCAGAACAGUCCUGGUACAUGUGCCUGUGCUUCAUGUGCCCUCCUUGGCGGCUAUUUUUGAGAUACGCGUACCGUCGGGCAUGCGAUUGAGAUCGCUCACUGGCACACAGACCCAUGAUGAGGUUCGCUUUUCGGGGCAUCAAGUCCUCACCUUCGUUUUUGAGCAUUGUCCGAUUGCCGAAAUCUCAACUGAGCCGUAUGCCAUGCUUGAUGACCUCAUCGACGGUUCGCCUCCAUACCAUGAUGUGCCGAUUCAUUUUAUGCGGACCGACCGUCCUAGGACCACACAUGUAGGUCGACAGCCUGCCAGGUCCGCGCACAGGUCGAGGUCCAGGCACUCAGGCCCCAGGCAAUUCGAUGCAUUCGAGAUGGGCCCUUCCAAGGAUGGAAGCCAUAGCAGCCUGCGUAGGAUAGUUGCUGCGGGAGCAGCGUGGUUAAGCAAAGACUGCAAGUGGAGUUUUGGUUUUCCUCAAGAUGCCCAUGCCGGUGGCCACCAAGACCUCACCCCUGCAGUCCUUGCCUGUGCGCCUAGUCGGACCAUUGAGUGGUGCAUGCCGUUUGCUGCACCCCUCUCUAAAGGUGGCCCACCUGAUAGGCUUUUCGAUGUCUGCAAGCUCUUGACUGAGCCGGAGUCCACGUCUUUGGAGUCGAGAGACAGAGUCGAGGACGCCCGAGACUUUGAGGAAGGUGAAGGCCGCGUUUGGCCUUAUAUUCCAGCCACGGAUCCCUAUGCACUUCAGCGCAUUGCCGAACGGGAGGAGGACGAGGCGCAGGCACUGGAAUCCGAGGAAGCUUCCGAUUUCACUAUGUGUCUGCUGACGCCGGGCUACGUUUUGGAAGCCGUGGUGAUUACCCUUGAGCCGCCUGUUGAGGUGCCAGAGGCCGUGCAGAUCACCCAAGAUGCACGUGAUCAGGUUAAGCGGAGGCUCUUCCCCUCCCUCACUGUUGUAAACCCACAGCCUGUGCAGGGCUUCGGUGUGCUUAUCGCCUUGCCCGGUUGGGCCACCCCCGAAACGAUCGUCUGUUUUUCGCUCCUCGAUAUCGAUGACAGACUGUUCGCAGCACCUGUCCCGGCGGUCGCAUCUCGCGAGCGUUUGCUCGCCAUUGCGAAACUGUCCCCUCCUGAGCUUUUUGAUGUUUACCUCGAGGGAUCACCCACCCCGAUGCAGGAGGCCGAGGAGGCAAACAUGGCAUUGGGAAUCUGCAUUUUUUGCCUUCACAGACACGUUCUUCCUGGACCAUUUUUCCACCUGGCAGAGACGCUCUUGACGGCCACCGUAUGGGAAGACAACCCUGCAAUACCACAUGGACCUGCCGACGGGCAUAUGUGUUUUGUUGGCGAAUUCUCCAUGCUGCGACUCCCUCUGACCGAAGACUCGCCUUUGCCAGACAACGAUCUAAUCGCUGCGGCCUUUGGUGUCCAGCCCGGCAGUAUGCUUGUGCAGCCAGCUAUGCCCAUCACUCGCGAUGUCUCCAUGGAUGGCUUUUAUUGCUACAAUGUCUGUGCUGUGUACUGCCCAUCACCAGACGAAAUCGACGGUGAUUAUUGCAUCGUGCUUGUUGAUUGUCGAGCGAUGCUACAGGGCUGGCAGUUGGUCUUCUGUCCUGAUUCCAGGUUGGAUCGAGCCCAGCUCCUUGAUGAUCUUUCCACUUUCGCCCCUGCUGGGUGGGAUCUUCACUUAGAAGGCCUACCGACUGCGGAUGACCCCUGCGAAGUUGUUUCAGGGCAGAUCAUCUAUGCGUCAUAUGUGCUUCCCUCGCACCCUUGGCAGGCAGACCCCGCACCAGGAGCUGAUCAUGCCGAUGCCUCGGGCAUGACCUCUGACAGAGCAGACAGCGAGCCCCCCUCGCACGAGCCUGACCGAAGGACCGCGACUGUGCCCUUUGUUUUGCUUGGGCAAGAGACCGCGCCUGAGCUCGUCAACGUUCCCCGCACUUUGAACCUUGCUGUCGGGGGCGUCUUGGAGCAGGUGCAGCUCCUGAGGGAUUUUGCAGACCGAGUGCGAUUCCCUCGCAUCAUCCCCGUGCACCCCCAGCCGUCUGGGGCCUUCGCUUUGGCCGUUGUGCAACCCUCGUGGAGCCAGGAAGUGCUUGUUGUGUUUGAUUGCCUACGAGUCACCGAAGCCAUCUUCUGUUGGGUAGCUUCACCUGCCAUGACUCGUGCCGCUAUUCUUACUGUGGCGGGUCUGCCAGACACAGCUGACUACGAGGUGUAUGCUCCAGACUAUGAAUUCCCCAUGAGCUCGACCGAUGUCUGCCGACUUCGAUCGGGUUCUUGCGUCUCGAUAAUCCCCUCUGCCUGCCCCUUGUUCGUCGUUUCCACACUCUCGGACAUGCUUCUUUCCGACGAAGGUUGGGAUGUUGAUGCGACCCUGCCUUGUGUGCCCGGCUCGUGGCUGCAUGUGCUCUCCAAUACCGGGCCUGUCUCGAUUCAGCUUGACGAGGCUGAUUCUCGCGCUCUACUCCCGGUUGUCAGUGAAGCCCUAGGCAUGCCACCAGAGGACACUUGUCUGCAAGUCGCAACGCCGCCCCUGACUGAUUUUGCCGAUGAAGGCCGACUAGCUUGGAAUGUGGCUGUUGUGACUCGUUCGGCCGACUCGCAGGGAAGCCCCGACGGGUGCGUUUACAUUAUCGAUUUGCGUGCCAUCCUAUGUGGCUUGACGUGGGCAUUCACCCCCGACUGCACUGUUUCGAUCGCCACGAUAAGAGAGCAGUGCGCGCAACCCGCAGCUGGAGGGCACCAAGUUGUGGUCACCGGCGGACGGCCAAUCCAGGGUAGAGAAGAUUAUGUGUGGGUGUGGCCGGGCGCUGUGCUACAAGUACAGGUCAUCCCCUGGCCCACUACCCUCCCCUCGGAGUCACAGCCUUCUUCGAUGCGUGUCGACUCUGCUGCACAGGGGAAUUUCUCCACAGUUGGUGAGCCCGAUGCCGCAAUGGAUGUACGCGGAGACCAGAGGCCCUCCGAUGCUUCCGAACCUUCACGGUCCCCGGAUGCCCCUUCGCGGCAGCAUACCUUUGGUGCUGUGCUUGCUUGCCUGGCCUUUUCGCUAGGCAUAGGGUUAUGCGGGCACCACAUGUGCUUGGUGCUAUGUGCCUUGCAUUUGAGCCGUUACCGGUCCCCUUUCUUGUGCACAGUGCUUUUCCUUGCUUCCUUGAGAGGAGGAGAUUCUGUCCAGAUCGUGGGCGACCCGAUGUUCCGGAGACCUCCCGGUGCUUCCCGUGACAUCCACCGACCAGGCCCCCACCCGCAGCAACUACACUCUGGCGCUGGGGGGUUUUGCACCGCCCUAGAGGUCGAAGGCCAGGCUGUUCCCCUCCGUCCCCGGCCUAUCCCGACUCCCUGCAGAAGUGCUUCACGUCCAACAUGUCCAGAGGGACCUGACCCGGUGAAGCGCCCAGUGAAUGCUCCGGCUGGCUCGCCCGGCAGCUUCCUUGAGGCGCUUGGUCCUCUCUCCACUCUGCUGGAGAACGCUGCUGCUUCAUCUGAUGAAUGGGCCUUUUUGGCUGCCACCCUUCUUGAGACUCUUGUUGAGUACGACGCCUCCCAGGGGCGAGCUGGCCCGACGACAACGAUAAACCCGCACGCGCCCAGCAUCGGCCAGCCGCUUGCUCUAGCCAAGAUGCUGCCGACAAGUUGCGAUGGACGAUACCACCGGCACGACCCAACUGCGGGGAAACCUCUUUCUGCGAUGCUCGCCCCAUUGAUUGGCGAUAUGCAUCAGACGUUGAGCGUCGGCAACACAUCGCUCAACUUCUCUUGGUAUGAGGUGCUUACUUUCUUCGGAGCUAUGCCCAUACUGGAGCCCUUGGAGCGAUUACGUGUUUCAUUCCCAGACCCACCCGCACCGCGGUGGGACGCCCUGCACACGUACCUGACUGAGCAAUUUCCUGCUUGCCUCCGCACAGCUGACGCUACAGCAAUCCGAUGCUACACUGAUGGCUCCUUCACGCCUGCGUCAGACAACUCGCCCUGCUUGCUUGGCUGGGCGAUUCUUUUCUUUUUGCCGGAUACCGCUGAGGUUUUGUGUGCUUGGGGCUCUGUGCCAGGGGAGCUCCUUGAACCCCCCCUUCAACCAUCGGCUUACAUCGCUGAGUGCUACGCGCUGCUAGUCGCGGCUCUCCUAUGCAUCAACCGCUUUGGCAAUGUGUGCGCGCACUUUUUAUCCGACUGCCAGUCGGCCCUGACCGUGGUCUCUGGCCACUCGACAUGCGCGCUGGGUGGCCUUGCUGAAGCCGCUGCCAAUAUGCACACCCUGCGCAGAAUGUCGGCGGCCACGCAGGAUACAUACGAGUAUGUCCCCGGACACUCGGGAAUAGCACCCAAUGAAGCCGUUGACUUUCUAUCCAAGCGAGGUGCCAGAGCCACUCAUGGCACUUGCGGUCUGCAGGUAUCACUCGAUUCUUUGCUGACCUGGCUUCAGAAUGGCGCUCCCCGCACACCUUGGGUUGGAGUUGCAAUUCGGUCAGUGUGCGGCGACCCUGCUUUCCCACCCCUCAAUAGUCAAAGCUUGGGUGAUGACACCUUUCACGGGCAUCUUCUGCCGGCUGACUUGAUACGUCCUUUUGCUCCCUUGGGCGCGGUUAGUCCACCCGCCGAUGGCAACGGAGCCACUCAGCGACCCUCUGAUGGCACUUGCCACCAGUGUGUGACUAUGCGCCUUACCGUAGCCACCUACAAUACUCUCUCCCUUCUGGGGGAGGUUGAAAGAGCAGUUGCCGAGCCUAAGGACCCCCGUUCCAAAAAGAACAAUGUAGGCCGUGCUGCGAUUCUUGCCGAAACUCUGGCCGAGCAUCAUGUUCAAAUCGCCUUCCUGCAAGAGACUCGUUGUCAGAAAGGCCACUCUCGCUCAGGAGGAUAUUUGCGAUAUGCUUCCGGGGCUAGUCGUGGACAGUGGGGCACCGAGAUUUGGCUGAAGGCCGAUGCACCAAUCUUUUGUCAUGCUGCAGGAGGGUCUGCCAGGUCUACUAUCAGUGCCCAGGCCGUCACUUCUCUGCACACCGACCCCAGGCGCGUCAUCCUUCGGCUCUGCAUCAAACCAGUCCCGCUGCUCCUGGUUUCUGUGCACGGACCCCAUCGUGCUACCGAAGGACCGCUUGUAGAGGCAUUCUGGGAUGAGACAUUGCGGCUAUUGCAGCAUUUUCACAAAAGCGACUUUUUGAUUUUUGGCGGAGAUUGCAACGCGGCAAUCGGCUCUGUCAAGUCUGACCAUUUCGGCGACCAUGCUGCGGAGCCGGAGGAUGUUGCAGGGGUGGCCUUACACCACAUCGCUAUGAGCUGGGUUGUGGGUCGGAUCCAAUCUUACACCUCUCCGGGUAUCCACGCGGCACAGGCGCAUCAGGACCACAUUGCAGCUUGUGCUACGAUCCAGCUCACUCUCGGACCUGCCAGCCUCUCAACAACAGGGCGACGCAGGACGAUUCGAGCUCAGGCUUUUGCGGAGCCAGCUGUCCGCGAGAGCGUUCGUGCCGCCCUUGAGUCCCUCCCGCCCGUCCCUUGGCAAGUUUCAGUUCACGCGCAUGCUGCCAUUUUAGCAGAUCACUUGCAACAGGGCCUGGGUAACAUCUCCCAGGCCCAGGGGCCGCGCCCUAAGCACGCGUAUCUGCAAGAGGCAUCCUGGGCUUUGCAGCGACGGCUCAGCCGCAUACGGCGGGCCUUAAGCCACAGACAGCAUCUCUUGCGUCGACAUGCACUACUCGCCUGCCUCAAAGUCUGGCGUCAGGCGAAUCUGGAAUGGGUUCACGAGUUCCUAGAGUGCCCGUGGAUACAGCAGCUCCGUGUGCUUAUCGCUACUCAAAUGCUGCACAUGCGCAAAGCCGGUCAGUUGCUGCGAGAGUCCUGUCGCAACGACCGUGCAGCCUAUGUCGAGAAUCUUGCUGACCAGAUCUCAGCUGGUGCCAGCAAUGAUGUCUUUGCGGCUUAUCACAAACUGCUCUUCCACCGGCGGAAGAAGCCAUACCAAAUUGAGCCUCUGCCUACCAUCCUCGAUGCUCUGGGGGCACCUUGCCUCGACAUGCAAGCCCGCUUUCAACGCUGGCGUGGUCAUUUUGGUGCUUUGGAGGCCGGCAUUGAGACCUCGUUCCAGGGCCUGGUCGAUGCCCUCCCAUCCCCGGGGCAAGAUACCACGGUUGCGCCGCAUCCCCGUGAUAUCCAGCAGGUGCCUUCCCUUUCCUCUCUCCAACAUGUCCUGGCGGCUACGAAGGGCGGUAAGGCGCCUGGCAUUGACAUGCUGCCGCCGGAAUUGAGCAAAGGAUUUCCGGCGCAUCUAGCACGCCACUUGUUUCCCCUGCUCAUGAAACAAGUCUGGCGCGGCACCGAGGCCGUGGGCUUUAAGGGUGGAGCCACUGUCUUUUUUCAUAAGAAACGCGGUCCUCAAGACGAAUGUGGGUCAUACCGAGCGAUUCUUCUUAUGUCGUCGCUCGCGAAAGCCUGCCACCAGUGCCUGCGGCCUGCUCUCAGAGACGUGUUCACCAGGCACACUUCCUCCUUGCAAAUGGGAGGACGGCCGGGCUGCUCCGUCACCUUUGGCUCCCACCUGCUGCGGGCUGUUACCGCGCACUAUGCGGCACGGGGUACACCUAUUUACACCCUUUUUGCCGACAUCGCUUCCGCCUUUUACUGCACCGUCACGCAGCUUGUCGCGGAUGCAGACCAUGCCGAUCCCGAGCAGGUCCUCGAACGUGUGACGAGCACUCUGCAUCUUACUAGCGAGGACCGUGCUGCCUUGGCUCAGCAUCUUGGAGAGCCUACCACCCUUUCUCAAGCUGAUGCUGAUCCAUGGAUUGAGCACAUGGCAAGCCGCAUUUCUUCUGGCAACUGGUUUGUGCUUCAAGGCGACACGGUGCCGCUCGCCACGGGGCGAGGGUCAAGACCUGGCUCUUCCUGUGCCGAUGUCCUGUUUGCGCUUCUUGUGCCGCGAAUCUUGGCCACCCGCGACCGUCUUCGCUCCUCGUCCGUCUGCAAGUCGGAACCCCCGGUUCUGCCUUGGGACGGGGCUUUCACCCUGGACAGCUGCGAGACGGCCUGUCUCGCUUCGGUCGUGGGCAACGGUUCUCGUGCAGCCAGACGACACCUGUUUGGACCCACGGGUUUGAAGGGUAUCAUCCAUACUCUGAGGGAGGGUGGAGAUCCCACACCCCUCUCCCUCGUGGCAUCCUAUAAGCACCUGGGAGUCUACCAAGCCCCGGCUGGGAGGCUCGGCCCGGAGGUGAAAUAUAGGAUAGGACAGGCGCGUGCGGCCUUCCACGAAGCAAGGCGGAAGGUGUUCAAAAAUCGGGCCAUCAGCGUCAGUCGCAAAGCUCGCAUUUUGGAGGCGACUGUGGUCAGCAAACUCACCCAGGGUGCUGGCUCUUGGCCUGCGAUCUCCAAGGCCGACCGGCAGGCAUUCGACGCGACGUUGUGGGCGUUUUAUAGGGCCAUGCUAUGCCUGCCGAAGCUAGGGGAUCAGACCCUCUCGGGCCUUGCGUGUUGUGCCCUUGUCGGACUCCCAACGCCAGGAGUUGUGCUUCAGCGGGCUCGCAUGCAGUACUUGCGACAGCUCGUCUGUUCGGGUCCACCCGAACUUUGGGCGGCCGUCAAGGUUGAUGCGAGCUACUGUGAGCUGCUCAAAGAGGUAUAUCGGACCACCUUGAUAGCUGCCCUCGACGGCCUGCACCGAGGCCUUUGUCUCCCGGAAGGCCUGGGCCGGUCAUGUCGGUGGGGCUCCUUCACCCCUGAUUGCACCAAGGACGUCCCUGCGCAUCCCCUGGCUCCGCCCACGGCCGUCGGUGGUACCCAUCAAGCUGUGGUGUCGCCAUGGGAUCCCACCAUCUCGGACGCCUUGCUUGGAGACCUCUGCUUGUCCAGUGAGGGCAGCGAGGACUCCGUUUGGAGUGUUAUCGCAGAGCACAUAGAGCCCCUCUCCGUCUUGCGGACCACAGUUGAGCACUGGCGUGAUUUGUAUCCUGACAGUCCUUGGCAUGCCGAAGUGGCGGAGAACAUGCUGUUGCUCCUCGACCCAAGCAUUUCUGCUGAACACUUUCUUGAGGUCCGCUCCUGGCGUUUGGAGUCUCCUCCGUCAGUGCGUUUUGACCUCUCGCAGCCAACUAGUGUCACGCUUCGCACAGCCCUCGCGCUCUCGACCUGGGCCGAGGAUGCUUGUCGUGUCUUGAUCGAUUGUGCCGCAGCGGCUCCGAGGCACCCUGUUGUCCUUACCUGCCCCGGCAUUUGGAUCCCCUUGCCGGAUCUUCUGCCUUGGUUUCGGGCACUCGGCUUCCUCUGUGACGAGUCCGGCUUUCGGUCACCGGCGUGA